AUGUCCCGAGAAUACUGCGCAGAGGUUGAUUUACGCGGGAAAAAGCGUAAACACGAUGGCGCGAAAACGAGGCGCCGCGCUUCGCUAGCCUGUGAUAUCUGUCGAAAACAAAAGGAAAAAUGUGAAGGAGGCCCGCCGUGCUGGAGGUGUCAGCGAUUGGGUCGGCCAUGUCGCUUUCAGGAACCCUCGAUGGCCAAAAAGCCAGAUAUCACAAUUUUGCGAGAUGCUCCAAGUCCUAUUCUGGGAAAGGACAGUCAACGUAUACAAAACCUCGAACAUGUUGUGCGCUAUUUCCUCAGCGAUGUACCGCUAGAUGAGGAAAAUCUCAGCCGGAUAGCAGCAAAGUGUACAAUGAAAAACGACGAGAUAGAGAGCGCUCUAGAUGUGAACGAGACCUUCGAUGUCCAAUUUGUUUCCAAAAAUGUUGCUUUAUUCUGGCGAGUUCUCGCACUGGAAUUUCUCGGAGAAAUUGCGACGGACUAUGCCGCAUCACCAAUUACCGAGUUCCUGGUCGGCGUGUUUUUCAAAUAUGAAGAAGUUAAUUCUUUCUACUUAGAAAAAGGAUGGAUACAUGACAAGAUACAGUAUUGCUAUGAUCCAGCAAGCGAGUAUACAACCAGUGAUAUUCCUUGGGUCUGCACAUUCUUCGCUGUUCUUGCGAUCGGCACCCAGAUGGCUCACAUGGAAGAUGACUGCUCAGGCCCAGAUUCAAAGGACUCUGACGAGUUCAAUGUUUGCUCGGAAGACUCGGUGGGGCUGGAAUUCUACCACGUAGCGUCUAAGCUGGUUCCAGACGUAAUCCUAGCCGCCUCCUACGAAAGUGUUCAAGCCUUUCUUCUUCUUGCGGCAUGGGCUUUACCAGUCUCAACCGGCGGGUUGUCAUAUACUUACUUUGGGCUGUCCAUGAAAAUGGCCAUCCAAAAUGGCAUGCACCGGAAGUACAUCGGGGGGGAUUGUGAUCAGAGAAUCCUUGAGAUGAGAAAUCGUCUUUUUUGGACAGUCUACACCCUUGAAAAGCGAACAAGCAUUCUACAUGGCCGACCUAGUUCCCUCGCACGAUCGGAAAUCAACGCUGACUUACCAACUGACUGUGCAAGCUUCGAAUCACCGAAUUUUAAAAACAUGAUGGCAUUCAUCAAAUUGGUGUCAUGGAUGAGCAAAGUGGCUGAGACAUUAUCGCAGUUCAAGAAAUGUCCCAGGGGGCUGCUUCUUGAGCAUCUAGAGCGACUUCUUAAACUAAAAGAUGACAUUGGAGAAUGGUGGAACUCGCUUCCAGAACGCAUUGAAUGCCGAGAUUACACUCCCUGUGGACCUCUUUUCCGACAGAACUUACACAUGAAAUUAUGCUACCUCCUAGUUUACAUAUAUAUGGGGCGGCCUUUUAUAUUCGGGAGAGAACAAUCGUCAAGAGAGAGCCUGCAUAAGGGGAAAAAUCAUCGAGAGAGACUAGUUGAUGAUUGUGUACAAAGCGCGUUGGAAAUUCUCGCAACAUUACAAUCACUUGCAGAUAACUUUCGUCUUUGUCGCGCUUCUUAUACUGAGUUCAGCUCAUGCCGAGCAGCGCUUCUAGUUAUCCUCGCCGAGAGCCUCAAUUCCGGAAGGUCCCUAAAGCUACAAAACGGCUUAAAGUGCGGCAUGGCUUUGAUACGGCAAAUGAUAGGUGGUACUUCGUCUGAGUCAGAGAUCUCCUACAUUGAAUCAUUUGAGUCUGCAAUCCGUCAAUUUUCUUCAAACGAGGGAGAUAACGACGUUCUUACGACAACUCCAGAGUUGAACUCGUCGUCUGCCUAUGCCAAAUUCAAGGACUGGACUCAGUCUAUGAAAAAGGACAAAGGUAUUUCCAGCAACCUAGACCUUGCUUCAUUCAGUCCAAUCUCACUCUUUGCCUCUGGGGCUGAGACUUCCUCACUCUCGAAGUUCAGUGACCUCACUGAUCUUCUGAAUCCAAAUUGGGUUCCUAAUGAACUAGAGCUUGAUCUAGAUGCUUUAUUGGCCCACCGAUAA